UAGGACAUUCUAUGAUUAUGGAUGAGGCACUCAGUGGCAAUGAUUUCAGGGAAUAGUUCUAGAAUGUCAUUAGUAGAGAGUGUCUUCCAUUCUGCGUUGAGACGAUUAUGCUGCGUCGUAGGUGGUCAGAUGGUACUUUCGUAGGUCGUAGCAGAAAGUACCACCGCAGUGGCUUUAUCAAGAGAACCCACUGAGCUAGCGCUGGAAAGUCCGUUUCUUGAUCAGUGAGUAGGAUAUGGGAAGCAUAAAGUGCUUCUUAAUUGCAGGCUUAGUUGCUUUCCAGAGCGCGUGAUCCGGAGAGCUGUCCUUGUCCGACUAAGAGCGAGUCGAUCCUCUGAAUCUUGGCAAGACAACUUCGCUUUAAUUUACUCAUCACAUCAGGAACAACCUCUAGUAUGGCGACACGGACAUUGACACCCUUUCGCGAGACCCGCGCGGAGGUAAUCGAGCUCGAAUCCGGCGAGUUCGUCCUCCUCCUCUCCCUCUCCACCCUCCCCAACACUCUUUUAAUCGCCGUCGAUCCCACCACUGGCGCGCUCCGUUUCGCCAACCGCCCCGGCCUCGACGUCUUCCGCACCGAAUCCGACGCGCUUUUCGCCGCGACACGUGGCAGCACCGUGGCCGUCCGAUCCGCCGUGCACGGCCGCGCGCUGAUCGGCUACGCGGCCUUCAACACCGUCGGAUUGCUCCUCGUCGCGACGCGCGUACGCGCCACAGUCCGCACCCUCCCGUCUGGCCCCGAUACAGUCUACACCGUUACCGAAUCCCAAUGGGUCAAAAUCCCGCUCAAAUCCCCCGCCGGCGCCGCAUCCCAAACCAAAUCCGAAGCCAAGGCCGUCCAGGACCUAGCUGACGUGUCAAUCGCUGAUUUGCACUAUUUCUGCGAGACCAGAGACAUCACCCGCCCGUUCCCGAGCCCCCACCCGCCAUGGCUCCCGGACUGGGAAUUCGUCUGGAACGAAUUUCUCUCCGCGCCCUUCCGCGCGCUAGGGUUGCGCCAGCACUGCGCGGUCCUCCUGCAGGGGCUGGCGGAGCUCCGCGCGUUCUCAGACGCGAACGCGCGGAUGGUGGAUGUGGUGUCUGUGGCGCGGCGGAGCAGGCUGCACCCGGGGACGCGGUACCUGGCGAGGGGGAUUAACACUGCUGCUGGGACGGGGAACGAGGUGGAGUGUGAGCAGAUCGUGUGGGCCCCACCGCCAGUAGGUUUCUCCUCUGGUUCGUCGCCCUCGGUGUCUCCCUCGUCGUCAGUCUCUUCUCUCUCCUCGUUCGCCCAAUCUGAUGCGGUUAUCCUACCCCAGGGGGGAUCGUACGCAUCAUCAUCUUCAACAGCUUCGUCAGCAUCCCCCUCCUCCUCCUUCGCCUCUCCUGUGGCGUAUUCCACGUUCGUGUGGCGGCGGGGCACGGUGCCCAUAUGGUGGGGCGCGGAGAUCAAAUCUUCGAUUCAAGAUGCAGAGAUUUUUGUGGCAGAGACUCAGGCGGAAGGCACCGCUCCCUACUUCACCAGGCUGCUCCGCCGCUACUCUCCCUCCUCUUCUCUCUCCUCCUCCUCCGCCUCUCACUCCUCUCACCCACCCUCCUCUCACUCCCCCUCUUCUCUCUCCUCCCUCCCGCCGCCCCGCAAGUUCCCCAUAGUGUGUGUGAACCUCCUCAGAAUCGGCGUGGGUAAACCCGAGCUCCUCCUCUCAGACCACUUCCAGGAAGCCGUCCGCUCCAUGCGCAGCCGCCCAGAGCUGCGGGCGGCAUCGCUCGACUUAUUCACGUACGACUGGCACGCCAUGACCCGGGCGGUCGGGGAGGCGGCGACUGUGGAGGGGCUGUGGCAGCGGCUGAAGGUGUCUCUGCAGGGGAUUGGCUUUAACCUGGGGAGGUAUCAUCCAGGGGAGUUGGCUGGUGGAGGCGCUAAUGCGAGAGGGGGGGAGGGGGGUGUCAGUUGCGAGGGGAGUGGGAGUGUAGAGGAGGUGGUUGAGAACGUAGGGGUGCAGAGGGGUUACUUUGAGGUGACGCGGCGACAGCAUGGGGUGGUGCGAUUCAACUGUGCCGAUUCUCUGGACCGCACCAACGCGGCUAGCUUCUUCGGGGCUGUGCAGGUGUUUGUGCAACAGUGCCAGCACCUGGGAAUAUCCCUGGACGCCGCAUGGUCGAGAGGAGGAGGGAGCACCUUAUCAGGCCGGGGCAUGGGGACACCAGCAGGAGGAGCAGCAGCAGGAGCUGGGGGUUUUGGAGGGUUGGGGGGUGAGUUUUCACAAUAUUACGGUGCAGCCUUCGGUGGAGCAGGAGGGACAGGGACAGCGGGAGGAGGCGGGAGCAGUGCGGGCUUGGGGGCUGGCUCAGCAGGGUCAGUGCGUGCACCAACACAGGAGGAGCUGGAGGAGGCGUGGGCCGCGGCUCUGCCUGCGGGGUGGGAGAUGCGGCGGGACCCGGCCCGCAGCAAGGUGUUCUACAUCGACCACAACACGCGCAAAACCACCUGGACGCACCCCUGCCCGCCCCCCCCUAUGCCUGCUCUGUCUGCUGCACCCCCUUCCUCUCCAUUCUCCACGCUGCCUUCCUCUUCUCCCUUACAGCACCAGCAGCAGCAGCACCAUCACCACCACCCACCGCUCCCCACCACUCUCGGCCGCUCCUGGGCGUCUCUGGACAUGAGUGUGAGGGAGUUCCAAGCCACGGUGCUCCCAGCAGCCGUCACAGCCGUCGCGGACCUCUUCGCUAUAGCCGGCGACGUCCACGCCACGCUCUACACUGGCUCUCGAGCCAUGCACUCCCAUAUCAUCCACAUAUUCAGUGAUGAUCCGAGUAAGGCCAAGAAAGGCGCUGCUGCCAGUGCCACCAAUAUCGGGAUUUCGCUUCAGAGGAGGUUUUUGAACCUGGUGUGGGAUGCAACCCGGCAGCGGCAGCUGGAGGUUUUUCUUGGGUUGAGACGGCACAAGUAUUUUUCCUUUGCGCUGCCCGACCGCCCGCUGCUGACCGUUUCCCUGCCCGCCGCAGCCGGAGGGGGCUCGGGGCAUGCGCACGUGCUCCGGCCGAUCCCGAACCUGUUCCCAAGCCUGUAUCGGAGCAACGCGCUCAUUAGCUCCUCCCAAACUAAGGGGAUGGUAUGGGUGGUGCCUGCGUCAGUGCCCCUGGUGGAGGUGCAUGUGGGGGUGGGGGUUCCGUGCCAUGUAACCCAUUUGCUGCUCACCGUGGCCCAUGGGGCCGACGACUCGCUCUCCCCUGCUAAAUUUGACGUGCGCGUGGGACGCACCAUCGACUCGCUGCAUCUAGUUGCCAAGGGCCUCUCCAUCCCUCGCUGUGCCCAUGGCACUGUCCUGCAAUACCCCCUCCCUGCACACAAGCCCGCUCCUGCUGCUGCUGCUGCUCCUGGUGCUGCUAGCAAUAGCAUAGCAUCAGCCGUAGCCACUGGGGCAGCGGGCUAUGAUGGAGUGAGUUCCGCCCCAGGCCCUGUGCUUGUUGAGGGGUAUAUGGGGCAGCAGGGUAGUGCUUAUCAAAAGCACCAACAGCAGCAGGUGGGGCAGAGGGGAGGGGCGGUGUCGUCUGCCCUUCUGUACGAUUACGCAGAGGAGGGCGAUGGAAGGGUCGACUUCUUGACUCGAUUCGUCUCGGUCACCUUCUACCCGCCUGCUUCUGCUAGUGGUGCUGCUCCUGCUGGUUCUCCCAUGACUCUUGGACAGCUGGAGGUCCUUGGCAUAUCACCCACGCACCACGACUUCCAGCGCCUUCCCUCUCUCGCGUCCUCCUCUGCUGCCCCCCACCCUAGCUGUCCCUCCAUCCUCUCCCUCUUCCCCUCCCCUCCUCCUCCGCCUAGUUCUUCUGGGCUAAAAGCUUCCCCUGCUGCUCCCGCCGCUUCUUCUGCCACUGCUACUACCCCUCCUCCUCCUCCUUCUCCUCCUCCUGCUGCUGCUGCUGCUGCUGCUGCUGCUGCUGCUCCCAAUGCAAGUCCACCAACAGCGGCAUGGAUGCCAGGUGGCAGCUCGCCAUUGGCCAAUCUCAUGGAUGAUGCCAUCUCUAUGCCUCCUCCGCGCACUCCCCCUCUCGCAUCCUCACACCCCGCACACCCUCCGCACUCCACCACAUUCUCAUCUCUUUCCGAGCCUCCAAACCUGCUCGAUUUCCAGCCGUUUGAUGAGCCAGGCUCAAGACCACCAGGUUUGGCACCAUCAGGUUCGGCAGUGCCGAGCCUGGUUCCUGACCUGAUGAGCUCGCCGAACCGCAUGAUGCAGGCUAUGGAAGCAACAGGUUCGGGCUCAGGAAAUCUCAUGGAUGACCUCUUCUCUGCACCCGUUACAAGCAUGUUCACUACAACCACGAGCAGAAUCACAGGCACCACCUCUGCCACCACUGCAACAGGUUCCACUGCUGACCCAUUUGCACCUGCCAUUGCUGCUGCUGGUGCUGGGAGCUUCACGGGUGACUUGACUUCCAGUGGUUGGGUUUCAAUCCCUCCGGCUGCCGCUGCCCCUGCUGCUGCUUCUGGUGCUUCUACUGCAAGUUUCGAUCCCUUUGGGCCGUUGUCUGCUUCUGGUGCAGGUACAACUGGCCAGGUUGAUCCGUUCGGUUCUGGAUUUGCCGACCCUUUGGCUUCUACCAAUCCUUUUGCCGAGCCUGCGUCCGCACCUGGUUCUGCAGCCCUGGGAUCUGCUGCCGAGGCUGAUCUGGUAGGUUUGGUAGGAGGGCUAAGCAUGGGUGCGAAUGGAGAGGGGAGAGGGGCAAAAACAACAGGAGCAACAACGUCAGGAGGAGCAACUGCAGCAGCGGCAGGGGUAGGUGGUAGCCAACCAGGUGGGUGGGAGUCCUUUGAUAGUGCAGGGUUCCAAGCCAGCAGCAGCCGCCGCAGCAAUGGUGCUGCCACUGCCGUUGCUGCUAAUAGCACCAGUCAGCCAGGGGGGUGGGAGUCAUUCGAUACAAGCACAGCUUCUACAAGCACAACUUCUACAAGCACAACUUCUACAAGCACAGCUUCUACAAGCACGGCGUUUAGUAGCACGGGCUUUAGUGGCACCGCUCUGAGCAGCAACUGCAGCAGCAGCAGCAGCAGCGGCGGCGGUGGCGGUGGUGGUGACCAGCCUGGUGGUUGGAUGUCGUUUGAUGCACCAAGCGCAGCUUCUGGAGGCGGCGACGGGCUGUCUGCAAUGGGAACAAUUGGAACAACUGUAAGAAGUGGGCGCGGAGAAACAGCGGCAGCAACAGCAGCAGCAGCUGCCCCUGCCACCACCGCUGCCGCUCCGGCAACUGCUGCUGCUGCACCCGCUAUUGGCUCUGCUCCUGCUGCUGCGCCUCCUGCUGCUGGUGCUGUAGAGUGGGCGUCGUUCAAUCCCCCAGCAGUCAGCCAACCAGCAGCUACCACGUGGCACCCUCUCAUGGAACCGCCCGACGCUGACUCGUCGUCCCCGCGUCACAGUCCAGAGCGGGAGUCCCUACCAGGCACGGCUGUAGGGGGGAUGCAUGCACAAGCACCGAUAGCUGCCGCAACUGCAUCAGGCUUAGGAAGAGCAGUAGGAGUGGCUGCGGGGGCAGCUGCAGGAGCAGUUGCAGGAACAGCAGGGGGUCCCGGUGCAGCAAUUGCUGCAACCGAAUCAGCAACACAAGUAGGAGCAAGAGAAGGUGAAGCCGAGAGGGGAGGAGGAGGAGAAGGGGAGGGGGGGGUGGAGAGGGAGGAGGAGGUGGUGGAGAGAGUAAGGAGAAUAGCCCAGGCGGUCAGUGAGGACGUUUGUGAGCAGUGGGGUGCUGCCGCUUUCGGGCAGCUCAUCCGAAACGUUUUUCUGCCCAAGAAGGUGUGUGCUGUGAGAACAUCAGAACUUACUCCCAUUUACUGCAAUCCCAAUUCUGCUAUUUAUCCUUUCUUGGCCCUUCUGUCCUCCUCUCCUGAAUGGUCCUUCGUAUUAGACAGGCCCUUCUGUCCUCCUCUCCCCCCCCUUUCCUCCCCUCCCCCCUCUCCCCCAAUCUGUCCCUUCCAGUCCGCUUCGAUCGGCCUCCCAGCAGCAUUGGAGUUUGGAAUGGCUUGCUUCCCAUUCCCAACCGCACUCACUUCCCCCUCCCUUUCCCCUUGUCUCCCCUUCCAGUCCUCUCCCAUUGACUUCCCAACAGCCAUGGAGCUGGAAAUCGCUCGCCUGCGUCUCUCCCUCUCUGCCGCACAAAGAGACGCCGUCCUCGCAGCCCUCCUCUCCUCUCGGCCGCCCAGCCUGGACCCCAACGCCCUCCUGAAUACCGCCGAGGCGCUGCAGUGCCGCCAGCUGGCAGCCAGCCUGGCAUCUGCGCGUCUCACAGCAAGGGAGGAUGUGGAGAUAGGGUCCUUGGGGUUCAGGGAGGGGGGGGAAGGAGGUGGUUCUGAGAGCAGUCGGAGGGGUGACUGGUGGGGGGGAAACGGAUUGUUGGAAGACGAGAUAAAGGACAGCCAGUGUGCGCAUGUUUGGGCUCCUAAGGGGCGUUAUACCGGCUGGGGGUGUAACUCUCCUGCAAUGGCUUGUAUCGGGCCGAACUGUGACGUCAGAUUCUGUGCAGAAGGGGGGGGUGAUGCUGCUGCUGCUGCUGCUGCUGGUAGCGGUAACAAUGGUAGGAGCAGUGGCAAAAGCAGCAGCAGUAGCAGCAGAAGUGGACAGCGAAGUGAUCGGACCUCUGACGGUGGUUCGGAAGAUGUGGACAUGGAGGUUCGGCGGGGCCUCCCAGCCUGCAGCUGGUGCCGUAGGCGCGUCUGCCGAGCCUGUCUGGAAGCUCCGGGAAGCGGCUACCUUGCCGGGGCUGGUAGCGGCGGUAGCAUCGCCGGCGGCGGGAGUGGCACCCGUAGCAUCAGCAGCAACAGCAUCAGCAGCAGCAGUGGUGGCAUCAGCGGUGGCAGCAUUAGUACCGUCAUUAAAAGCGGCUCAGCUAACUCCCUUGCCGGUUUAGCCUCAGCAGGAGGUUUAGGAGUGUGGAAAAUGCCAGGAAAGGGAGCAGGAGGAGGAGGAGGAGGAGGAGGGGGUUCGGGUGGUAUGGGUGGAGUGGGUUUAGGAGGAGGAGGGGGGGAAGGGGUAGGAGGAGUAGUGGAAGGGCCAGGGAGGCCCGGGCCUUUGGAUGCCCCGAUCUGCAGGGAGUGCUGCCCGCCUGCUGUUACCAAUGCUGUGCUCCUGCACCGGCUGCGCCAGCUGCAGGCUCGGCGCCGGCGAGACAGGCUCGGGAGAGCUGUGGCGGAGGCUCGGGACUGGGGUUGUUCUGGUUUGGACGGUUGGAGUGGGGGAGAAAACGAUGGGGGUGUUGGGGGGGAGGCAAGUGAAGGGAGAGAAUGGAGGGAGAGGAGAAGAGGGGGGGAUGGGAGAGAGAGGCAGGAGGCUCCGGUAAGGGAGGAAGAGAUGUCUCUGGCAGAGCUGCCACAUGUCAGCCUGCUGUUCUCGGUCCCCACGUGCUCGUCAGGAGCACCCGCAACCUCGCUGCUUCUCCCUCCCUCCCCCCCUUCUACGUCUCCCCUCUCCUCCAUUUGGCGGGCCCCCAGCGAUCUGAGUGCGGUGGAGAUUGCUGUCGUGCUCUCCACGCCCGCACUUGUGUCUCGCAUCGUUGUGCAUUCGGGGUUGCCACAGUACACGCCGCACUACUCCCCCAAGGUCCGAAUAUCUCUCAGCACCACCAUCGACCAAUCAGAGCGCACCUCCGUGGGUCUCUGGGACCUCCCUUCCGCUGCAGCUGCCGCCUUGUCCAACACCAAAUCAAAUCCCAGCGAAUCAAAUCCAGACUCCGAGCUGAUCUUAUCCUACGCCCUCCCCAAAGCCAUCUCCUGCCGGAUCGUCUGGCUGAAAUUUCUCCUGCCCGAAACCCGCCAGCCCGGCGCAGCAGCCUCAGGCAUCUGGGCUCGCAGGAUUCGCGUUUACGGGCAGAAAAUAUUUGACGAUGUGAUGGGCCCUGUGUCGUCCGGUGCGGUGCCAUUUGGCAGAGAAGCAGCUGCAGUGCCCAUGGGAGCAGUGGUCGGUGGUGGUGGUGGUGGUGGUGGUGGUGGUGGUGGUGGUGGUGGUGCCUCUAGUGUUGCUGCUGGUGGUGCUGCUGCUGGUGGUGCUGCUGCUGGUGGCAUGGGCAGUCGUUGGGAGUAUCAGCAGUUUCUGGAGGCUCCUGUGCGAAUGAGCAGAUCGAGGACGCCUGUGGAAGGUGAGAGAGUGUGGGCAGGAGGAAGGAUCCUCGAACUUCUCUUGCCGCUCUCCUCGCCUCCCAUCUCGGGCAUCCGCCUAGACGCGCUCCCAUUGGACCGUUCCGCCGGAAUGUUUCUUUCUCUGCCCGGGGCAACUGAAGGCGGGCCCCUGGCUCGGGCGGCGCGGGGCGGGCUCAUGGACGAAUGGGCGGUGUUCGUCGUCCCUUUCCGGCUCAGGGUUUCGGCCCGACAGGACUCCUUUGGCCCUGCCACCACCAUCACGGAAUUUAUUCUGCCCGCUGCCCGCCCAAACACGCCUCUCUAUUUCGACUUCUCCCGGCCAAUCGCUGGCGUCCGAAUCCUUUCCAUCGAGCUCAUAGGCGACCUCUUUUCCUCUAGGGAAGACACCACCACUUCCACCUCCUCUUCCUCCACUUCGUCCUCUUCCUCCUCCCCCUCCCCUGCCACUGGUUCCUCUACCACUUCUGCCACCUCUGCAGCAGCAGCCAUGUUCUCAUCUGCUUUCGGUGGUGGUGGUGCUGCGUCUGGUGCUGCUGCUACUGGUGGUCUUGCUGCUGCUGGUGCCUAUGGUACUCCUGGGUUUGCUCCUGCUGCUGCUACUGCGUAUACUGCAGAAGCAGCAGCAGCAGCAGCAGCAGGUGACAUAGACGUGCCUAUGGGGCAGCUAUCCCUGGCUGGCCGAAUUCGCGCUUACCGCUACGCUCCUGCAGCUGACAUGGCAGGGUGGUCACAGCUGGCGGGGGUGUGAGACACAGGUGGUGGAUGGGGGGGCGUGUAGGUUAGGUUCACCCCAACACCACAGCUGGUGUGUUGUAGUGACAUCUACCACCGCUGCGCUCCUGCGGCUGACAUGGCAAGGUGGUCGCAGCUUGCAGGCGUAUGCGGGACUGGGGGAACUGCAGCAGCAGCAGCAGCAGCAGCAGGUGACAUAGAUGUGCCUCUGGGGCAGCUAUCUCUGGCUGGCCGAAUUCGCGCCUACCGCUACGCUCCUUCAGCUGACAUGGCAGGGUGGUCGCAGCUUGCAGGCGUGUGAGGGAGUGAGAAGGGGUGGCGGUACUGCUUAACUCAGCAUGGCAUACCUUGCCAAGGCUUUCUGCUUCACUCCUGCAGCUGACACGCGACCAUGGUUGUAGACCAUGCCAUCUACACUGCUACUGGCUAGAUGGCAUGUGGUCGCAGCUGAUAGGGGUGCGUGUGAGAUUGCUGCUAGGACAACUGGUGAUGUCUCGUGAAUAUAUGUCAUGGGUCCAGGCAUUGUUACAGCGUAACAUUGCUAAUGCAU